CCUCAGUCUCUCGGCAGAAGCCCUUCAAGAUUGAAAGCAUCUUCAUCUUCCCUUCUCUCCAUCCCUUUCACUCUCCUCUCUGUUUCUCACUCCUUCAAUCUCUGCUGUGGUGCCAGUGGCCGGCCCUGCUCCAUGCUGCACCCCUCCUUCCAUGCUCACAGCAGCCCUGCUUCUGGUCGCUGGGGAAAGGGGAGAGGGAGGGAGAGAGGCAAAGUUGGGGGAUCUCUUUGCCUUUUCCUUCAGUCAGUUCUUCUCCACGCCUCCCUGGCACCAGGAUUCUGCACACCAGCUGAUCACUCUCUACAAUGUUCAACGGGGAGACCAGUUCUUCGGCAAGGAAUGUCAUCAGGAGUUCCAGUAUCAGUGGGGAGAUGUACAACUUGGAGAAGGGCAACUCAGCAAAUCCGGAUGCUGCCGGUGUUACCACUACCAAGAAAAGAAGGUCCAGCCUGGGAGCCAAGAUGGUGGCAAUUGUUGGACUGUCACAAUGGAGCAAAAGCACCCUGCAGCUGAACCAACCUGAUGGUACCACCAAGAAACUGCGUAGUAAUAUUCGCCGCAGCACAGAGACAGGAAUUGCUGUGGAGAUGAGGAAUCGGGUCACCAGACAAGGAAGUAGGGAGUCCACAGAUGGCAGCACCAAUAGCAACAGCUCUGAUGGCACAUUUAUAUUCCCCACUACUCGGUUGGGAGCUGAAAGCCAGUUUAGCAAUUUCCUUGAUGGUCUCGGACCUGCACAGAUUGUGGGAAGACAAACACUGGCUACACCCCCCAUGGGGGAUGUUCACAUUGGGAUGGUAGACAGAAAUGGACAGCUGGAGGUGGAGGUUAUACAGGCCCGAGGUCUGACUCCAAAGCCAGGCUCUAAAUCUAUACCAGCUCCAUAUAUUAAGGUGUAUCUGAUAGAGAACGGAGUCUGCCUUGCCAAGAAAAAGACAAGGACUGCAAAGAAAACUUGGGACCCUGUGUAUCAACAGGCUCUUUUGUUUGAUGAAGGUCCACAGGGUAAGGUUGUACAGGUAAUAGUUUGGGGAGACUACGGUCGCAUGGAUCACAAAUGUUUCAUGGGGAUGGCACAGAUCCUUCUGGAGGAGCUUGAUCUUAGUUCUUGUGUUACAGGAUGGUACAAACUCUUUCCCACUUCUUCUCUGGCAGACUCAAGCAUUGCUCCCCUCACCCGCCGACUCUCCCAGUCCUCUCUCGAGAGUUCCACCAGCCCAUCCUGCACUUAAUCAGUGUAAGACAACUUCUAUAUACUACCUUCCCCCUUUAGCCCACAGCCUAGACGAUCACUGUCUCAUCCUAGUCACAAAACUGAGGCUUGGCUGAAAAAUCAGUGUAUCCGUCCAGUGCUGUGGGAAAAAAGAUGGAAAUCGGCAGGCUAGUAUUGGCGUGUGGAGCCCAGCUCCACUGCUACUGCACAUAUAAAUUAUCAUGCAACUUUAGAGACUGUUAUAACAAAUUGUACUCAAAAAGAUUUCUAGAACAAAACAUAACUGGACAAUCCAAUCAUAAAAUAACUGAUGAAGCAGCUCCCUAUUAUUUUUGUUCCAUAGAGCAGUGGCUGUUUAGUUUAAUGUUCUUGGCAACCACUGUAAACUUGGGAUAUACAACCUACACAGGUAGAACAUUCAACAAGUCACUUUUCUUCAACAAGAGAAAAAAGCACACUUAUAGCAGUGAUGAGCACACAGAUGCUAUGAAAUACCUGCACAUAUAUGCACCCAUAUCAACUACAGGUGCCUGCUUGUUCUUUUUCCUAGCAAGUCAGUGCUCUGCUUUCACUGAUUUUUAUUUUUGCUGAUUUUUUUUUACCUCUUUUGCUUCCAACAAAGCCCUUCUCAAAUUGAAAUAAUAGAGCCAGAUUGCACAAAUCCGGCAUUUAAGAUACUUUCCAUAUUUCAUUUAAAUCAAUACGCACCAAUAUAUAUAUAUAUAUGUAUGCAUACACAAGAGAGAACUAUUUUUCAGGUACUUUUAUGGCUUUCUGCUUUAAAAUGGAAUGUAGCAUUUUCAGUGUGCAAUUAUAACUCUGACAAUGCACAUAAAGGGGCAAGGAAAGGAAGCAUUUAACUUAUCUACACCUUUUUUUCUGCACUGAUAAGCAAUCUUGUUUUUGAUAUACACAUACAAAUGCAUGCUGCUUCUUGCGUGAAUUCUGAACACAUCCAAAAUCAUGUCUGUUACUCCAAGUGCAUUAAUAAUAAUUAGCUGCACUGAACAUUUAAAUACUUUAGUGCCACAAGGAACUACAGAUUGAUUGUGUCUUUCACAGUUACCCAGCACCAAAGGAUUGUAAAGAAUUAGCAGCUCAUUUAACUAGUAAAAGGAAUAAACAUUGAAAUAGAUAAAGUAGCCAAGACUGCAAAUUUAGGAUUUAGACAGAUAUCAAUAUUCUCCUAUUUUAUUUGUUGGUAUAACCCCAACUGUAGCAGUAUAGAUCUGCUAAAGAAUAUUUGUACACUUCCAUAUCAUGCAAAGAAAUUCUCGACUUUUUAGUUUAUGUUACCAGUAAUACAGACUGUCAAGGUUUAACAGGGAACAAUCUAAGGUAAAAGAGAAUGAU